CCGGUGCGCUUCUUGGUAUUGCCGUCCUUUCCUUCAUUAUUGCCUUCGUCAUGAAACGCAUUCGCAGGCGCAAGGAAGCCGCGCUCGACACGGACCCCGUCACCGGCCAGCCAUUCAGCGCCGGCGCGUUCCGCCGCUCUGGUGUCCUACUCGAGGACGAAAUGGCCCAAACGCCGCGCCCGCCGUCUAUGAUCGAGCGCCGUGCCGCAUUUGCCGGCGUCGGUGUCGGCGCGGGUGCCGGGUACGACGGGUACGGGUACUACAACCAGGCGGCGACCGCGUCCCCCUUCAGCCCCGGCGCAACCUUCACCGGGCACGGCGACUACUCGCAGUACGGCGACAACAAUGCGGCUCAGCACGACAGCUACCAGCAGUACCCCGGCAGCGAGUACGGCGCGCAACCGGCGCAGUACGCGCACGACAGCUACCAGCACCCGGUCGACUACCAGGUCGAUGUGACCGAGUACGCGACGCAGCCUACCGCGGCCGCGGGGCAGCAGGGCGCGAGCUACAUCGACAUGGAGCGCGCGAGCGGGGAUGUAAAGCACCACAGCGGCGAGGUUGACAUGCCGAUGCAGGGCCACGAGCAGUACUUGGGCGCGCCGGCGGCGCUCGCGGCGGAUGCGCGUCUCCCGACGCCGGGCCCGGUCGAUUCGCGCCUGCCGACGCCCGCUCCUGUGGGCGAUAUCGCGCCGAGGCUGCAGUCUCCGGCUCCGACUGAGUCCUUCGUGGUCCCUGGGAUUAACGGACCCUCUCCCGCUGCCGCGGCGGCCCCUGUUGUCGCCCCUGCGCCUGCGCCUGCUGCUGCCCCUGCGCCCGCGCCCGCUCCAGCUGCUAGCGAGAAGGCCGUCCCGCAGGGCAAGCGCCCGGACACCGUCUACGAUCCGGACGACGCGUACGGCGGCAUGUAAAGGAUGGAAGAACACACAUCGCUGAGUGACCUCGUCGGAGCGCUCAGUGAUCUCGUCGAAGCACGUAUCCGCUGGCGAUAUGCGUAUUCUCGACGACAUCUUAGCCUGCUCGCUCGCAAUCGAAUACUGGGCAGCGCGAACGUCUACUCGUCGGGGCACGUAUAUCAUGCUGGCGUGCGUGCGUCCUCUCUUUGCACCGACGAACGUGUUUCUUGCUUUCCGAUCUGCCUGCGCGCGUAUGCUAGCUGGCU